AACAAUACCAUUCAUCGUUUCCCACUGUCUCACAAUCCCCGUCACUUGUGCAUACAGACUCUCACCAUGUCUUCUGACCUCCCGCGAGAUAGCGACCUCGCUACCAACGGCGACGCAAAUGGUACCUUGCAUGAUACUCCGACCAUCGCGACCGCGACAGAGCCAGCCUCGACGGCGGUGCCCGUGUCCAAGGAUGUGGAGACUGUCAUGUACUCGGACAUUGGAAUAAACACCCUGUUGAACCGCCUCAAGCAGAGCAUUGCAUCUUCUCGUGACUUCUCCGACUUCCUGAAGAAGAGAGGAGCGGUAGAGGAAGAUCAUGCCAAAGGACUCCGACGACUGGUCAAGCAGACAAGCGACAACAUACACUCCAAGGAGUCUCGUCAAGGCUCCUAUGUCGUCCGCCUUGAUGAGGCUAUGCGCCUCCACGAUCGAAUCGCCGACAACGGCAUGCAAUUCUCGCUUGCUCUCCACCAGAUGCAUGAGGACCUGAACGAACUCUCCCUCAACAUGGAGAAGGGGAGAAAACACUGGAAACACGAAGGCUUGAACGCUGAGAAGCGUGCUACAGAUGCUGAGGCUGCCAUGGAAAAGGCAAAGGCAAAAUACGACGGUCUGGCCGAAGACUAUGAUCGCGCUCGUACUGGUGAUGCGAAGAGCUCAAGAAGAAUUGGUCUGAAGGGUAUGAAGAGUGCUCCCCAGCACGAGGAAGAUCUCCUGCGCAAGCUGCAAGUUGCAGACUCGGACUACCAGGCAAAGGUUCAGGCAGCAAAGUCGCAAAGAGAGGAGCUCAUCAGGGCUUCUCGCCCUCAGGCUGUCAAGGCGCUGCAAGAAUUGAUCAACGAGUGCGACUCUGGUCUGGCUCUCCAACUCCAAAAGUUCGCCUCAUUCAACGAGAAGCUUCUCCUGGGCAAUGGAAUCGCUGUCAGCCCACUCCCUGCCUCAGACCCUUCGGCUCCCGUCCAACACAGUCUGCGCGACAUUGUUCUCGACAUCGACAACAAGACCGACUUUGACAACUACGUGACCGGUCACGUCUCCAAGAUUCCUGUCAGGACCUCAGACAUCAAAUACGAGCAACACCCAACUCUUAGACCAAAACAGCAGACUCCCGUUCCAGCCAGCCGACAACCUUCUACGACUGUUUCCGGUCCAGCGCUACCUGAAACACCGCUAUCAACUGUUUCAACACAACAAUCUACCUAUCCCACCGUAGCACCUCCGCCAGCAGCCACUCAAUCUCCAACACAGCCAUUCUAUGGCAACCCGGGAAACCCUCCUUAUCCUACUGAUCCUCCUCAACAGUACAACUCUGCACCAUACCCAACCAGUUCAGGGGCUCCUCGUGGCUUUUCCGCCUCCACCCAGAGCACCAGUGCGCCAUACUCUCCUGCAACACCUGCUACCAUGGGAGUCCAGCAAAGCUUCUCAUCUCAGCCUCGCCCGAUAUCACCUGCUCCCACUGCCACUGCUCUUCCUCCUCCACUCAAGCCCGUCUUUGGCGUCAACCUUGAUGACUUGUACGCAAGAGAUCAAACCGCCGUUCCUAUGAUUGUCUAUCAAUGCAUGCAAGCCGUUGACCUCUUCGGCCUGGAUGUUGAGGGUAUCUACCGACUCAGUGGAACAGCCAGCCACGUCCAACAGAUCAAGGCUCUCUUCGACCACGAUUCCUCCCUCGUCGACUUUCGCAACCCUGCAGCCUUCUACCACGACGUAAACAGCGUAGCCGGCCUCCUCAAACAAUUCUUCCGCGAACUUCCCGACCCCCUGCUCACCCGCCGCUCCUACAACGGCUUCAUAAACGCCGCCCGCAUCGACGACGACACUUCCCGCCGCGAUGCUGUCCAUUCCGUUAUCAACGAAUUGCCUGACCCUAAUUACGCCACUCUACGUGCUGUAGUGCUGCAUCUCAACCGCGUUCAAGAGCAUUAUGCUAAGAACAGAAUGUCCACGAGCAAUUUGGCUAUUUGCUUUGCACCCAGUUUGAUGGGAAGUCAUACGGGACCGCAGAUCGCGGAUGCGAGUUUGCAGGCCAGAGUGUUGGAUACGAUUUUGACGAAUACGUUCCAGAUCUUUGAUGAGGAUUAGAUGAGUGAUUACAGGGGAGGGGCUCGGUUAUGUUGUUGACUUUUUCUUAGAGCGCGUUUUUUUUUUUCCGUGUCUUUCGUUCAUCACCGAGAUACCUACCUUUUUUUUGUUUACUGGGUAAAGAAUGCAUUCGUUCUCAU